AUGAAUAAAGAACAAUUUGUAGUUGUGGUGCACUUGGAUUUCCAAAAGGGAUAUAUAAAGUACUCAGCUCUUUUCUAUGGAUAUUACAAUAAUGAACGUAUGAUUGGCGUUUUCAAGUACAGGUUACCCUUGUCUUAUUUUAUGGUUGGUGUGGGAUCCUUUGGAUAUAGUCUCAUGGUUGUGAUUAGAACAAUGGCAAGAAAUGCAAGAGAAAGUGGAAUUGAUGGAGAUGAUGGAGAGUUCAAUUUUAGUUGGAAAAUGUUUACAAGUUGGGAUUACCUAAUUGGAAAUCCUGAAACAGCUGAUAACAAGUUUGCAUCCAUUACAACUAGCUUUAAGGAAUCUAUUGUGGAUGAAGAAGAAAACCAAAAAGAUGAAAAUAUUCACCUGAGGAGAUUUCUUAUUGUUUUAGCUAAUUUUCUUAUAUUUUGUUGUCUUGCUGGAAGUGGCUAUCUCAUAUUUUAUGUUGUGAAAAAGUCCCAGACGUAUUCAACAUUGGAAGAGUUAACAUGGUACCAGAAAAAUGAAAUUGACAUAGUCAUGGCUUUGUUGGGAAUGUUUGUUCCUCCACUGUUUGAAACCAUUGCUGGUCUGGAAAAUUAUCAUCCCCGUAUUGCACUGAAGUGGCAGCUUUGGCGAAUGUUUGCUCUUUUUCUUGGUAACCUGUAUACAUUCCUGCUGGCACUUAUUGAUCAAGUCAAUGCACAGUUGGCAGAGGAAGAAAGUAUAAAGAAUAAGACUUUAGUCUUGGUGAAUUCCUUCAAUUUUACUAAUUCAACCUCAGAAAGCAUUCCUGCAAUAGAUCCUGCAGAUUUUCCCAGGGGACCUUGCUGGGAAACAGGUGUUGGAUUGGAAUUUACAAAGCUUACUGUCUCUGACAUUCUCGUAACUUAUGGCAGUAUAUUGGUUGGGGAUUUUCUACGUGCUCUCUUUGUCAGAUUUAUUAACUAUUGCUGGUGCUGGGAUCUGGAGUAUGGAUUUCCUUCGUAUACUGAGUUUGACAUCAGUGGAAAUGUUCUGGGGCUUAUCUUCAAUCAAGGAAUGAUAUGGAUGGGGACUUUCUAUUCUCCUGGCUUAAUUGGCAUCAAUAUUCUACGGCUGUUGACAUCCAUGUACUUUCAGUGCUGGGCUGUUAUGUGUUGCAAUGUCCCUCAGUCAAGAGUUUUCAAGGCAUCGGGAUCGAAUAAUUUUUAUAUGUCAUUAUUACUGCUGAUCUUGUUCCUAAGCUUAUUGCCAGUUGUCUACACAAUAAUGACAUUUACCCCAUCGUUUGAUUGUGGACCAUUCAGUGGGAAAGCUAAAAUGUUUGAAGUUAUUAUGGAAACAAUCCAAUAUGAUUUUCCAGCAUUUAUUGGAAAACUCUUCAGUUACGCAUCAAAUCCAGGGUUGAUUCUUCCUGGAAUCUUACUUAUGGUUUUAGCCAUAUACUAUCUCAAUGCCACUUCGAAAACAUAUGAAACAGCUAACUUGGAGCUAAAAAAGAAGAUGCAAAUGCUACGUGAUGAACAAAAGAACAGAAGGAACAAUAAAAAUACUGUCAAUCCUAUGUUGCAAGAUUUGGAAGAUCUUUUACCAAAUAAUGUAAAUGUAAACAAACCUGAAUCAGAUCAAAUAGUGGUUGGAAAGCAACCCAAUGAAGCAGCAAGAGCUAAUGGAAAACAUGGAAAAGAAAUGACACUAGCACCACCACCUCCAAGAAUGGUGGUAACAAAACCACCGAAUCCAAGACAAGCCUUGCAUAUACCAGGACAGCCAAGAUCUGGGACUCCAGGUCCAGGCCCACGUAGACCUUCUCCUGGUCAAUCACGACGUUGAGAUGUGAGCCAAAAAUGAAACCAUUGUUCAAAUGCUCCUUGCUUCCUCAUGGAUUUUUGUGACAAAGGUUCAGUCACACAUUGGGACAUUAUCUGGGCAAUGUUUUGCAUAAAACAAAAUUUGUCAUGCCAUCUAAGUAUGAUUAAUUACCUUUUUCUUAGCGUUGAUAUUUCUGGCUAAAUUUGUUCAAAAUCAUUCCAGUUUAUCUUAAUUUAGGUCCAGGUUUUGAAGCAAACCUAAUGUAAAGGCAAUGUUUUGCAAACAAAUUGAAAUGUUCAAAAUUUGACUAUAUUGAUGGUCAUUAGGAAUGACAUAAAUUUAAGCACGAAGAGUUAUUGGUAGGAGCUUUGGAUCUCAUGUUUUUCUAAUGCCAGUGCAUUCUGCAUCAUUUCAGUCAUAAUUUUGAAUUGUUGUGGUUAUUUAUUUACUAUGAGACUGCAAAAUAAAACUUGCUUUAUGUG